UUCCAGAACAAAUCCGCUAGAUUAGCAAUGGAUGCGGCUGUGGUGGUUAUGUUUCUCAUGGUUGCGGCCGCCGCAUCGGCUUCGAGAGGUACAGCCGUAGGUGGACUGCGACCUGCAAGUGUAAAUGAACAAGGUGUGCAGCAAGCUAUGGCGUUCGCCAUGGAAGAAUAUAACAAACGCAGCAACGACAUGUUCGUCAAUACGAUCACCAAGGUUAACGGAGUAACCAAACAGAUUGUGGCCGGUACGCUGUACCGUAUAGAUGCUGACAUAGCUCGGACUGAGUGCAAAAAGUCAGCUGUUGGUGUACAAAAUUGUCCUCUCCACACUGACCCAGACUUUGUCAAGAGUAUGAAUUGCAAAUUUGAAGUGUUUUCUGUUCCUUGGAUGAGAACAAUUUCACUGGAAAAGCAUGAGUGCUCCUAAUUCAAGAUCUUCUUGAUCAUGAAUAUUGUAAUACAGCUAAUCCAUUAAGUUAUCUAGCAAUAUUUUAAAGCCAUGCUUGUUUUUAACUUUGCUGUCUAACAUACUUUGCACUGAAAUGUAAGUGUUUUAAAGCUUAAAUUAAAAGCAUUUUAACAAAAAUUUCAAAAAUCUAAAUAAAGGAUUUGAUACCUAUGGUAGUUUG